AUGCUAAGUUAUUCCACAUCCCUAGACUAUUCCGCAGACUUCCUCGUCCUUCCCUUCGUUGGCGUAAUGGCGGCGGCUGAUCCUGCUCCAGCGCUGGUGGCUCUGGACAACGCGAUCGCGCAGAUCGAUCUCCUCAUCUCCCGCCUCACCGCUUCGUCCACCUCCUCAGCUGACGUUCCCGUUGCCGCCCAGCCGAAAGCAGCAGUGGCUGGAAGCAAUGGCGAGAAAAAAACGUCGGGGAAGGCAAAACCUGCGAAGCCAGCAGCUGUCCCAGCGUCGGGCGGAGAGAACGUAGACAAUUUCGACAAGUGCGACAUCAGGGUGGCGCGGGUGCAGGCGGUGGAGGUCCACCCAGUGGCGGAGAAGCUGUACGUGUGCAAGGUGGAGGUGGCGCCGGGGGAGGUGCGCCAGGUGGUGGCGGGGCUGCGCAAGUUCGUCCCCCAGGCGGAGCUGCAGGGCCGCCUGGUGUGCGCCGUGUGCAACCUCAAGCCCGCCAAGCUGGCGGGGCAGCCCAGCGAAGCCAUGAUGCUCGCUGGCUCGCACCCGGCUGCAGAGGCCGAGGGGGGCGAGAUUGUGAAGCUCAUUGAUCCGCCCCAAGAUGCAGCAGUUGGCGACAGAGUCUGCAUCCAGGGUCGGCCUGCUAGUGCGGCCCCUGUGAAGCAGCUCAGCUCCAAAGUGUGGGAGAAGGUUGCAGGCUUGCUCCGAGUGCAAGGAGGAGCUGCGACAUUCGAUGGGCAGGCAUUGGUCACAGGGGCGGGUGGAGGCAUCACUGUGCAAGGCCUGGUUGAUGGCAGCGAAAUUCACUGAAUUGAUAGUGACAUACCACAUCAAUGCUGCACAUUAUGCAUGACUAUGAUGUAGAUAAGCAUGUACCAGAUGUUGUAAAACUACCCUAGUGGAUGGCAUUUCGUUGUAGCGUCACAAAUACGUACGGUAUGUUACCUCAGCAAGCCGCAC